CUUUACACGUAAUUUUCACGGGGCGAGGCAGUGUGAAAAAAUCCAAUUGCACACGUUUAACCAAGUGAAAUCGACAAAAAACCAUCGAGGGACAUGGGUGAUUCCCUGGAGAACACCGACACUUCGGUGGAUCCGGGCGUAAAUGUGUCCAUAGCCAAUUAUGAUGCAUUUGCCAACUACCUUCGCAAAACGGUGACCAUUUUGCUGCCGGAGGAGGAUGUGGUUUCUGCAUCUCUAAACACUGCUCUGGAUGACCCCGUCAACCAGGAGACCAUCCGGAAGUUCCUGUCGGAUCCCCAGGUGCAGGCGCUUUACGUCCAACGUAACUGCAUUAAAGAGGACGGAGAGCAGCCGGCUGAGGGUGAGGAGGAGAAGGAGCAGGUGACCUACCAAAUCAGCAACGAUGUCCACUUCACCAAUAGCCGAAUGGCCUCGCUGGCAUGCAUUAAGCGGGGCAUGGUUGUGGAGGCGGACAAGUCGAUCCACUCGCAGCUGCGGCUUAUCAACUUCUCGGACGGAUCGCCGUACGAAACGCUGCAUGCGUUCAUCAGCAAGUCUCUGGCGCCCUACUUCAAGUCAUACGUCAAGGAAUCAGGGCGAGCUGAUCGCGAUGGCGACAAGAUGGCUCCCUCCGUGGAGAAGAAGCUGGCCGAGCUGGAGAUGGGACUGCUGCACCUGCAGCAGAACAUCGACAUACCGGAGAUCACGCUGACGGCCCAUCAAAUUGUCAACGUUGUUAUUCGGAAGUGCUCGGAUGAGGGUCGGAAGGCCAAAGUUGCCGACUUUGGCGACAGGGUGGAGGAUUCCUCGUUCUUGAAUCAACUGCAGACCGGCGUCAAUCGUUGGAUUACCGAGAUUAAGAAGGUCACGAAGUUGAACCGUGAUCCGGGCUCGGGAACUGCGUUGCAGGAAAUCUCAUUCUGGCUGAAUCUGGAGCGUGCCCUGUAUCGCAUCCAGGAGAAGCGUGAGUCGCCGGAAGUGGCUCUUACUCUGGACAUCCUAAAGCAUGGCAAGCGCUUUCACGCCACUGUUUCCUUCGAUACCGAUACUGGCCUAAAGCAGGCCCUGGCCACAGUGGCCGAUUACAAUCCUUUGAUGAAGGAUUUCCCCAUCAACGAUCUUUUGUCGGCCACUGAGCUGGAGAAGAUCCGGCCGGCCGUGCAGCAGAUCUUCUCGCAUCUGCGCAAGGUUCGCAACACCAAGUACCCCAUCCAGCGGUGCCUGAAGCUUAUCGAAGCCAUCUCAAGGGAUCUGUCGCAGCAGCUGCUCAAGGUGCUGGGCACCCGCCGGCUGAUGCACAUCCCCUUCGACGAGUUCGAGCGCGUGAUGAACCAGUGCUUCGAGAUCUUUAGCUGCUGGGACGAUGAGUACGACAAGCUGCAGGGUUUGUUGCGCGAUAUCGUGAAGAAGAAGCGAGACGAGCACCUGAAGAUGGUUUGGCGUGUCUCUCCGGCGCACAAGAAGCUGCAGACGCGCAUGGAGCAUAUGCGCAAGUUCCGACGCCAGCACGAACAGCUGCGCACAGUCAUUUUGCGUGUCCUGCGGCCCAACAAGCCGGUCGUUGGCGAUGACGGCAACACCGCUGAGACCAAGCAGCCGUACAGCUUGGACGCUGCCGAUGCUAAUGCCAUCGAGGAGGUCAACUUGGCUUAUGAAAAUGUCAAGGAAGUUGACUGUUUGGACAUCACCAAGGAGGGAUCUGAGGCCUGGGAAGCCGCUGUCAAGCGCUAUGAAGAGAAGAUUGAUCGCGUGGAGACCCGCAUCACGGCCCAUCUGCGUGACCAACUGGGAACGGCCAAGAAUGCCAAUGAGAUGUUCCGCAUCUUCUCGCGCUUUAACGCGCUCUUCGUGCGUCCGCACAUCCGUGGCGCCAUUCGGGAGUACCAGACGCAGCUCAUUCAGCGCGUCAAGGACGACAUCGAAGCCCUGCACGAGAAGUUCAAGGUGCAGUAUCCGCAGAGCAAGAGCUGCCGCCUGUCCUCGGUGCGAGAUCUGCCCCCGGUGGCUGGGUCCAUUAUCUGGGCUCGUCAGAUCGACAACCAGCUGACGAUGUACUUGAAGCGCGUUGAGGAUGUGCUCGGUAAGGGCUGGGAAACGCAUAUCGAGGGCCAGAAGCUUAAGGCCGACGGCGAUAGCUUCCGAGCCAAGCUCUCCAUCUCUGAUGUGUUUCACGAGUGGGCCCGCAAGGUGCAGGAGCGUAACUUUGGCAGCACUGGGCGCAUCUUUACCAUCGAGUCGACUCGUUCGCGUACCGGACGCGGAAAUGUCCUGCGUCUGCGGGUCAAUUUCCUACCAGAGAUUAUUACCCUGGCCAAGGAGGUGCGCAAUAUCAAGAAUCUGGGAUUCAGAGUUCCACUGACCAUUGUGAAUAAGGCGCACCAGGCCAACCAGAUUUAUCCGUAUGCUAUAUCCUUGAUUGAAAGCGUUCGUACCUAUGAACGCACCUUGGAGAAGAUCGAGGAUCGCGCCAGCAUUGUGCCCCUUGUGGCAGGAUUGCGUAAGGAUGUCCUCAACCUGGUCUCUGAGGGUAUCGGUCUGAUCUGGGAGUCAUACAAACUUGACCCGUAUGUUCUGCGUCUGUCGGAGUGCGUGACGCAGUUCCAGGAGAAGGUUGACGACCUGCUGGUUGUAGAGGAGCAGCUGGAUGUGGACGUGCGUUCGCUGGAGACCUGUCCGUACAGUGCGGCCACUUUUGUCGAGAUCCUGUCGAAGAUCCAGCACGCAGUGGAUGAUCUCUCGCUGCGUCAGUACUCCAACUUGAGUGUGUGGGUUACCCGUCUAGACGAGGAGGUGGAGAAGAAGCUGGCUCUGCGCCUGCAGGCCGGCAUCCAGGCCUGGACGGAGGCUCUAACUGGCAACAAGAAGGAGGUGGACACCUCCAUGGACACGGAUGCUCCGGCCCAGCCCACACACAAGCUGGGCGGCGAGCCGCAGAUUCAGAAUGCCGUGCACGAGAUCCGCAUUACCAACCAGCAGAUGUAUUUGUAUCCCUCCAUCGAGGAAGCCCGUUUCCAGAUCAUGCAGCAGUUCUUCGCCUGGCAAGCAAUCGUUACCUCGCAGGUUCGCCUGCAGAGCACCCGCUACCAGGUGGGACUGGAGAAGCCCGUUUCGCAGACUUAUCGCAACCUUCUGACCAAGUUGCCCGAAGGCAAGAUCUUGGAGAAUGCGUACGGCGCCAUCGAGCACAAGGUGGGCGAAGUGCGCAGCUAUGUGGAUGAGUGGCUGCGCUACCAGAGCCUUUGGGACUUGCAGGCGGAUACUCUGUACGGUCGUCUCGGUGAGGAUGUGAACCUUUGGAUAAAGUGCCUCAACGACAUCAAGCAGUCACGCACUACCUUCGACACGUCAGACACCAGACGCGCCUAUGGGCCCAUCAUCAUCGACUACGCCAAGGUGCAGGCCAAGGUGACGCUAAAGUACGACUCUUGGCACAAGGAGGCUCUGGGCAAGUUCGGCACUUUGUUGGGCACCGAGAUGAGCAGCUUCCACAGCAAGGUGUCCAAGUCGCGUACAGAUCUGGAGAUGCAGAGCAUUGAGGCGGCCAGCACCUCGGAUGCCGUAAGCUUCAUCACCUAUGUCCAGUCGCUGAAGAAGGACAUGAUUGCCUGGGACAAACAGGUGGAGGUAUUUAGGGAGGCUCAGCGCAUCCUGGAGCGUCAGCGCUUCCAAUUCCCCAACAACUGGUUGCAUGUGGAUAACAUUGAGGGCGAAUGGUCGGCCUUCAACGAGAUCAUCAAGCGCAAGGAUACGGCCAUCCAGACGCAAGUGGCGAGCCUGCAGGCCAAGAUCGUGGCCGAAGACAAGGCAGUUGAGACGCGUACCGUUGACUUCCUCAACGAUUGGGAGAAGACUAAGCCCACGGGCGGCAAGAUUCGUCCGGACGAUGCUCUACAACAGCUACAAAUCUUUGAGAGCAAGUACUCUCGCUUGAAGGAGGAGCGCGACAACGUGGCCAAGGCCAAGGAGGCGCUGGAACUGCAAGAAUCUGCGGUGCCCAACAACAGUGCCGAACGCAUGAACGUGGCCCUCGAGGAGCUGCAGGAUCUGCGCGGCGUCUGGGGCGAGUUGUCCAAGGUGUGGACCCAAAUUGAUGAGACACGCGAGAAGCCUUGGUUGUCCGUGCAGCCGCGCAAGCUGCGCCAGCAACUGGAAGCCAUGAUGGCGCAGCUGAAGGAGUUGCCCGCUCGUCUUCGCAUGUACGAAUCGUAUGAGUACGUGAAGAAGCUGAUUCAGAGCUACAUCAAGGUCAACAUGCUGAUCGUAGAACUGAAGUCGGAUGCCCUGAAGGAGCGCCACUGGAAGCAGCUAACCAAGCAGCUGCGCGUCAACUGGGUCAUCUCAGACCUGACUUUGGGCCAAGUGUGGGACGUGAAUCUGCAGAAGAACGAGGGCGUCGUUAAGGACAUCAUCCUGGUGGCCCAGGGCGAGAUGGCGCUGGAGGAGUUCCUCAAGCAGGUGCGCGAGUCCUGGCAGAACUACGAGCUCGACUUGAUCAACUACCAGAACAAGUGCCGCAUCAUCCGCGGCUGGGACGAUCUGUUCAACAAGGUCAAGGAGCACAUCAAUUCGGUGGCUGCCAUGAAACUGUCUCCGUACUACAAGGUCUUCGAGGAGGAGGCCCUCACCUGGGAGGAGAAGCUAAACAGGAUUAACGCCCUAUUUGACGUAUGGAUCGACGUGCAGAGACGUUGGGUCUACUUGGAGGGCAUCUUCUCGGGCAGCGCUGACAUCAAGACACUCUUGCCUGUAGAGACAUCACGCUUCCAGAGCAUUAGCUCUGAAUUCCUUGGACUCAUGAAGAAGGUGACCAAGUCGCCCAAGGUAAUGGAUGUCCUUAACAUUCCCGCUGUCCAGCGAUCCCUAGAACGUCUGGCCGAUCUGCUCGGCAAGAUCCAGAAGGCAUUGGGCGAGUACUUGGAGCGUGAGCGUACCUCAUUCCCACGCUUUUACUUUGUGGGCGAUGAGGAUCUGCUGGAGAUCAUUGGCAACAGCAAGAACAUUGCCCGUUUGCAAAAGCACUUCAAGAAGAUGUUUGCCGGCGUGGCCGCCAUCCUGCUCAACGAGGAGAACAACGUCAUUCUUGGCAUUUCGUCGCGCGAGGGAGAGGAGGUGCACUUCAUCAACCCGGUGUCCACCGUAGACCAUCCCAAGAUCAAUGAGUGGUUGUCGCUUGUGGAGAAGCAGAUGCGCUUCACCCUGGCCUCAUUGCUGGCUCAAGCCGUGCAGGACAUUAAGCAGUUCCGGGAUGGAAAGAUCGAUCCCCAGGCAUACAUGGAGUGGUGCGACAAGUACCAGGCCCAGAUCGUGGUUCUGGCUGCCCAGAUCCUUUGGUCGGAAGACGUAGAGGCUGCCCUCCAACAGGCCUCGGAGAACAACAACGCCAAGCCGAUGCAGCGUGUCCUUGGCAACGUUGAGAGCACUCUGAACGUGCUGGCGGACUCGGUGCUGCAGGAGCAGCCUCCACUGCGACGUCGCAAGCUGGAGCAUCUGAUCAACGAGUUUGUGCACAAGCGUACGGUGACUCGAAGGCUCAUUACCAACGGCGUGACAUCGCCCAAGUCUUUCCAGUGGCUAUGCGAGAUGCGCUUCUACUUCGAUCCCCGCCAGACGGAGGUUCUGCAGCAGCUGACCAUCCACAUGGCCAACGCUCGAUUCUUCUACGGCUUUGAGUAUCUAGGAGUGCAGGAUAGACUGGUGCAGACCCCGCUGACUGAUCGCUGCUAUCUGACCAUGACACAGGCGCUGGAGUCGCGCCUCGGUGGCUCACCUUUCGGACCUGCGGGAACAGGAAAGACGGAGUCAGUAAAGGCACUGGGCAACCAACUGGGCCGCUUCGUAUUGGUCUUCAAUUGUGACGAGACCUUUGACUUCCAGGCCAUGGGCCGCAUCUUUGUCGGUCUGUGUCAGGUGGGCGCCUGGGGCUGCUUCGAUGAGUUCAACCGUCUGGAGGAGCGCAUGCUCUCUGCCUGCUCGCAGCAAAUCCAGACCAUCCAAGAGGCCCUGAAGUACGAAAUGGACAGCAACAAGGAGAGCAUCACAGUGGAGCUGGUUGGCAAGCAAGUGCGCGUCUCUCCCGAUAUGGCCAUUUUCAUUACCAUGAAUCCUGGCUACGCUGGUCGCUCGAAUCUGCCGGAUAACUUGAAGAAGCUCUUCCGUUCGUUGGCCAUGACCACUCCAGAUCGCCAGCUUAUCGCCGAGGUGAUGUUGUUCUCGCAGGGAUUCCGCUCCGCAGAAAAGCUGGCCUGUAAGAUCGUACCUUUCUUCAAGCUCUGCGACGAGCAGCUCUCCAAUCAGAGUCACUACGAUUUCGGAUUGCGUGCCUUGAAAUCCGUGCUGAUCUCGGCCGGAAACGUGAAGCGAGAUCGCAUCAUGAAGAUCAAGGAACAGAUGCGUCAGCGCGGCGACGAGAACAUCGACGAGGCGUCCGUUGCCGAGAACUUGCCCGAGCAGGAAAUUCUCAUUCAGUCGGUGUGCGAGACCAUGGUACCCAAGCUGGUGGCCGAAGACAUUCCGCUGCUCUUCUCCCUGCUGAGCGACGUCUUCCCGAAUGUAGGAUACACUCGGGCCGAGAUGAAGGGCCUGAAGGAAGAGAUCCGGAAGGUGUGCCAAGAAGACUACCUGGUCUGCGGCGAGGGUGACGAGCAGGGCGCUGCCUGGAUGGAGAAGGGACUCGGCUCCACCUGGGUGGACAAAGUGCUGCAACUGUACCAGAUCUCCAAUCUGAAUCAUGGACUCAUGAUGGUGGGCCCUUCGGGCUCUGGCAAGUCCACUGCUUGGAGAACUCUGCUGAAGGCUCUGGAACGCUUCGAGGGCGUUGAAGGAGUGGCCCACGUCAUCGAUCCCAAGGCCAUUUCUAAGGAGGCUUUGUACGGUGUUCUGGAUCCCAAUACGCGCGAGUGGACCGACGGUCUGUUUACGCACAUUCUGCGCAAGAUCAUCGACAAUGUGCGCGGCGAAAUCAACAAGCGACAAUGGAUCAUCUUUGAUGGCGACGUAGAUCCCGAAUGGGUUGAGAACUUGAACUCCGUGCUGGACGACAACAAGCUGUUGACUCUGCCCAACGGAGAGCGUCUCUCGCUGCCGCCCAAUGUGCGAGUAAUGUUUGAAGUGCAGGACUUGAAGUUCGCCACUCUGGCCACCGUUUCCCGUUGCGGUAUGGUGUGGUUCUCGGAGGAUGUGCUCUCCACGGAAAUGAUUUUCGAGAACUAUCUGUCGCGGCUGCGCAGCAUUCCCUUGGAAGAUGGCGACGAGGACUUUGUGGGCGUGAUAAAGCCAGCAAAGGACAAGGAGGAGGAGGUAUCGCCCUCGCUCCAGGUACAGCGAGAUAUUGCUCUGUUGCUACAGCCCUUCUUCUCUGCCGACGGAAUCGUGGUGCGCACCCUUGAGUACGCCAUGGAUCAGGAACACAUUAUGGACUUUACUCGUCUGCGGGCCCUCAGCUCGCUCUUCUCCAUGCUGAAUCAGUCGGCACGAAACGUGCUUAACUUCAAUGCCCAGCAUCCAGACUUCCCCUGCUCCGCUGACCAAUUAGAGCACUAUAUUCCGAAGGCCUUGGUCUACUCCGUGCUCUGGUCGUUCGCUGGUGAUGCCAAGCUAAAGGUGCGCACCGAUCUGGGUGACUUUGUGCGCAGUGUGACCACAGUUCCGCUGCCAGGUGCCGCCGGUGCACCGAUUAUUGAUUUCGAGGUCAACAUGAGUGGCGAUUGGGUACCUUGGAGUAACAAGGUGCCUGUCAUUGAGGUGGAGACGCACAAGGUGGCCUCGCCGGAUAUUGUGGUGCCUACGCUUGACACAGUGCGCCACGAGUCGCUGCUGUACACCUGGCUGGCCGAGCACAAACCAUUAGUGCUCUGCGGUCCGCCCGGCUCUGGCAAGACCAUGACCCUGUUCUCAGCCCUUCGUGCCCUUCCUGAUAUGGAGGUGGUGGGUUUGAACUUCUCGUCAGCAACUACUCCUGAGCUUCUGCUGAAGACCUUCGAUCAUUACUGCGAAUACCGCAAAACGCCCAACGGUGUCGUUCUCUCGCCCGUUCAGAUUGGCAAGUGGCUGGUGCUGUUCUGCGACGAGAUCAAUUUGCCAGACAUGGACAGCUAUGGCACACAGCGUGUUAUCUCGUUCCUCCGCCAGCUGGUGGAGCAUAAGGGCUUCUACAGGGCCAGCGAUCAGGCAUGGGUCUCUCUGGAGCGCAUCCAGUUCGUAGGCGCUUGUAAUCCGCCCACGGAUCCCGGUCGCAAGCCGCUCUCGCAUCGAUUCUUGCGACAUGUGCCCAUCAUCUACGUCGACUACCCUGGCGAGACGUCGCUGAAGCAGAUUUACGGCACCUUCUCAAGGGCCAUGCUGCGUUUGAUGCCCGCUCUGCGCGGCUAUGCGGAGCCCCUGACCAAUGCCAUGGUCGAGUUCUAUCUGGCCUCACAGGAUCGCUUCACGCAGGACAUGCAGCCGCAUUAUGUGUAUUCGCCGCGUGAGAUGACCCGAUGGGUGCGUGGCAUCUGUGAGGCCAUCCGGCCCUUGGAUUCACUUCCUGUCGAGGGUCUGGUGCGUCUAUGGGCUCACGAGGCUCUGCGCCUGUUCCAGGAUCGAUUGGUAGACGACUCGGAGCGCCGAUGGACAAACGAGAACAUUGACAUUGUGGGACAUAAGCACUUCCCGGGUAUCAACCAGGAGGAGGCCCUACAGCGCCCGAUCCUCUACAGCAACUGGCUGAGCAAGGACUACAUGCCUGUAAAUCGAGAGGAGCUGCGCGAUUACGUACGCGCUCGGCUCAAGGUCUUCUACGAAGAGGAACUGGACGUGCCACUCGUGCUGUUCGACGAGGUCCUCGACCAUGUGCUCCGUAUCGAUCGUAUCUUCCGCCAGCCGCAGGGUCACCUGCUGCUCAUUGGAGUUUCUGGAGCUGGCAAGACGACGCUCUCUCGCUUCGUGGCCUGGAUGAAUGGCCUUUCUAUCUUCCAGAUCAAGGUGCACAACAAGUACACCAGCGAGGACUUCGACGAGGAUCUGCGUUGCGUCCUGCGUCGCUCUGGCUGCAAGGAUGAGAAGAUUGCCUUUAUUCUGGACGAAUCAAAUGUGCUGGACUCGGGCUUCCUGGAGCGCAUGAACACGCUUCUGGCCAACGGCGAGGUGCCCGGAUUGUUCGAAGGCGACGAGUACACCACACUGAUGACUCAGUGCAAGGAGGGCGCCCAGCGUGAGGGCCUCAUGCUGGACUCCAGCGACGAGCUGUACAAAUGGUUCACCCAGCAGGUGAUGCGCAACCUUCACGUUGUCUUCACCAUGAAUCCGUCCACCGACGGACUCAAGGAUCGUGCCGCCACCUCCCCGGCCCUGUUCAAUCGUUGUGUGCUGAACUGGUUCGGUGACUGGUCGGAUUCUGCUCUAUUCCAAGUGGGCAAGGAGUUCACAACGCGCGUGGACCUGGAAAAGCCCAACUGGCAUGCACCGGACUUCUUCCCUUCCGUUUGCCCCCUGGUUCCGGCCAAUCCUACCCACCGCGAUGCCGUUAUCAAUUCCUGUGUGUAUGUGCAUCAGACACUUCACCAGGCAAACGCUCGGUUGGCUAAGCGUGGUGGACGCACCAUGGCGGUUACUCCCCGUCACUACCUGGACUUUAUCCAUCACUUUGUCAAGCUGUACAAUGAGAAGCGCAGCGAUCUGGAGGAGCAGCAGCUCCAUCUCAACGUCGGUCUCAAUAAGAUCGCCGAGACAGUGGAACAGGUGGAGGAGAUGCAGAAGUCACUGGCAGUAAAGAAGCAGGAGCUUCAGGCCAAGAACGAGGCUGCUAACGCCAAGUUGAAGCAGAUGUUCCAGGAUCAGCAGGAGGCCGAAAAGAAAAAGAUCCAGUCGCAGGAGAUACAGAUCAGAUUGGCUGACCAGACCGUGAAGAUCGAGGAGAAACGCAAAUACGUGAUGGCGGACCUAGCUCAGGUGGAACCGGCUGUCAUCGAGGCCCAACAAGCGGUCAAGUCUAUACGCAAGCAACAGCUCGUUGAGGUGCGAACCAUGGCUAAUCCACCGUCGGUGGUCAAAUUGGCUCUCGAAUCGAUCUGCCUGCUGCUGGGCGAGAAUGCGACCGAUUGGAAAUCGAUCCGCGCGGUGAUCAUGCGCGAAAAUUUCAUAAAUUCAAUUGUAUCUAACUUUGGUACAGAGAACAUAACCGACGAUGUGCGCGAGAAGAUGAAGUCAAAGUAUCUGAGCAAUCCGGACUACAACUUCGAGAAGGUCAACCGCGCCAGUAUGGCCUGUGGUCCUAUGGUCAAAUGGGCCAUUGCCCAGAUCGAGUACGCCGACAUGCUGAAGCGAGUGGAGCCGCUGCGCGAGGAGUUGCGUUCCCUGGAGGAGCAGGCUGACGUUAACUUGGCCAGUGCCAAGGAAACCAAGGAUUUGGUGGAGCAGCUGGAGCGCAGCAUUGCUGCCUACAAGGAGGAGUACGCCCAGCUCAUUUCCCAGGCUCAGGCCAUCAAGACGGAUCUGGAGAACGUUCAGGCCAAGGUGGAUCGCUCGAUUGCACUGCUCAAGAGCUUGAACAUUGAGCGGGAGCGAUGGGAAUCGACCAGUGAGACCUUCAAGUCCCAAAUGUCCACCAUUGUGGGAGACGUGCUGCUUUCCGCCGCCUUUAUCGCCUACGGCGGUUACUUUGAUCAGCAUUAUCGCUUGAACCUGUUCACCACCUGGUCGCAGCAUCUUCAGGCGGCCAGCAUUCAGUACCGUGCGGACAUUGCUCGCACGGAGUAUCUAUCCAAUCCGGAUGAGCGACUUCGCUGGCAGGCUAAUGCCCUACCUACCGAUGACUUGUGCACAGAGAAUGCUAUUAUGCUGAAGCGCUUCAACCGCUAUCCGCUGAUCAUUGAUCCCUCAGGCCAGGCCACCACCUUCUUGCUCAACGAAUAUGCCGGCAAGAAGAUUACGAAGACCUCGUUCUUGGACGACUCCUUCCGCAAGAACCUGGAGUCUGCACUGCGUUUCGGUAAUCCUUUGCUGGUGCAGGACGUGGAGAACUACGACCCGAUUCUCAACCCUGUGCUCAAUCGCGAGCUGCGUCGCACUGGCGGCCGAGUGCUUAUUACCCUCGGCGACCAGGACAUUGAUCUGUCCCCGUCAUUCGUCAUCUUUCUGUCCACGCGUGAUCCCACAGUUGAGUUCCCGCCAGACAUCUGCUCGAGGGUGACAUUCGUGAACUUCACUGUCACGCGCAGCUCUCUCCAGUCACAGUGCCUUAACCAGGUGCUGAAGGCCGAGCGUCCGGACAUCGAUGAGAAGCGCUCCGAUCUGCUGAAGCUGCAGGGUGAAUUCCGCUUGCGUUUGCGCCAACUGGAGAAGAGUCUGCUCCAGGCCCUUAACGACGCCAAGGGCAAGAUUCUGGACGACGAUUCGGUGAUCACCACACUGGAGACGCUCAAGAAGGAGGCCUACGACAUAAACCAGAAGGUGGACGAAACGGAUAAGGUCAUAGCCGAGAUCGAGACGGUAUCGCAGCAGUAUCUGCCUUUGUCGGUGGCCUGUAGCAACAUCUACUUUACCAUGGACAGCCUGAACCAGGUGCACUUCCUCUACCAGUACUCGCUGAAGAUGUUCCUCGACAUCUUCUCCACUGUGCUGUACAAUAACCCCAAGCUGGAGGGCAGAACCGAUCAUUCGGAACGUCUGGGCAUUGUGACCCGCGAUCUGUUCCAGGUGUGCUACGAGAGAGUGGCACGCGGCAUGAUCCACAACGAUCGCCUGACCUUUGCCCUGCUCAUGUGCAAGAUCCAUCUGAAGGGCACUUCGGAGUCCAACUUGGAUGCGGAGUUCAACUUCUUCCUCCGCAGCCGCGAGGGACUGCUGGCCAAUCCCACUCACGUGGAGGGUUUGUCCGCCGAGCAGAUCGAGGGCGUCAACCGUCUGGCCACUCGACUGCCCAUCUUCCGAAAAUUGCUAGAGAAGGUCAAGGCCAUGCCCGAGCUGGGCGCCUGGCUGCAGCAAAGCUCCCCCGAGCAAGUCGUUCCCCAGCUGUGGGACGAGUCCAAGGCUCUCAGCCCCAUCUCCAGCUCCGUGCAUCAGCUGCUGCUGAUCCAGGCCUUCCGACCGGAUCGCGUCAUUGCCGCCGCCCACAACGUGGUCAACACGGUGCUCGGAGAGGACUUCAUGCCCAACGCUGAACAGGAAUUGGACUUUACCGCCGUGGUGGACAAGCAAUUGAAUUGCAACACCCCGGCCCUUCUGUGCUCAGUUCCCGGCUUCGAUGCAUCCGGACGUGUGGAUGAUUUGGCCGCUGAGCAGAACAAGCAGAUCUCCAGCAUUGCCAUUGGCUCCGCCGAGGGCUUCAAUCAAGCGGAGCGCGCCAUCAACAUGGCCUGCAAGAGCGGUCGCUGGGUGCUACUCAAGAACGUCCAUCUGGCACCGCAGUGGCUCGUGCAGCUUGAGAAGAAGAUGCAUUCGCUGCAGCCGCACUCUGGCUUCCGUCUCUUCCUCACCAUGGAGAUUAAUCCGAAGGUGCCGGUCAACCUUCUUCGUGCUGGUCGCAUCUUUGUGUUUGAGCCACCGCCAGGCAUCCGGGCGAAUCUGCUGCGCACCUUCUCCACGGUUCCGGCAGCACGCAUGAUGAAGACACCCAGCGAGCGGGCACGCCUGUACUUCCUGCUGGCCUGGUUCCACGCCAUCGUCCAGGAGCGUCUGCGGUAUGUGCCCCUGGGAUGGGCCAAGAAGUACGAGUUCAACGAGUCGGAUCUGCGCGUUGCCUGCGAUACGUUGGACACCUGGAUCGACACCACGGCCAUGGGUCGCACCAACCUGCCACCCGAGAAGGUGCCGUGGGAUGCCCUCGUCACCCUGCUUUCGCAGUCCAUCUAUGGUGGCAAGAUCGACAACGAUUUCGAUCAGCGCCUGUUGACAUCCUUCCUCAAAAAGCUCUUCACCGCCCGCAGCUUCGAGGCGGACUUUGCCCUGGUGGCGAAUGUGGACGGUGCCUCUGGUGGCCUGCGCCACAUCACCAUGCCGGAUGGCACCCGUCGAGAUCAUUUCCUGAAGUGGAUCGAGAACCUCACCGAUCGCCAGACGCCUUCCUGGCUUGGUUUGCCCAACAAUGCGGAGAAGGUACUGCUUACCACACGCGGAACAGAUUUGGUUAGCAAGCUGCUCAAGAUGCAGCAGUUGGAGGACGACGACGAGUUGGCCUACAGCGUGGAGGACCAAUCAGAAUCCGCUUUGGCGGUGGGUCGCGGCGAGGACGGCCGCCCGUCCUGGAUGAAGACACUGCACAACUCGGCUACCGCCUGGCUGGAGCUGCUCCCGAAGAGCUUGCAGGUGCUCAAGCGCACCGUGGAGAACAUCAAGGAUCCUCUGUAUCGGUACUUCGAGCGCGAGGUGACCAGCGGCGCCAGGCUGCUGCAAACCGUGAUCCUGGAUCUGCAGGAUGUGGUUCUCAUCUGCCAGGGCGAGAAGAAGCAGACGAACCACCAUCGCUCCAUGCUGUCGGAACUGGUGCGCGGCAUCAUCCCGAAGGGUUGGAAGCGGUACACGGUCCCCGCUGGCUGCACUGUGAUUCAGUGGAUCACGGACUUCAGCAACCGGGUGCAGCAGUUGCAAAAGGUAUCGCAGCUGGUCUCGCAGGCGGGCGCCAAGGAGCUGCAGGGUUUCCCGGUCUGGUUGGGCGGUCUGCUCAACCCGGAGGCCUACAUAACCGCCACCAGGCAGUGCGUGGCCCAGGCGAAUAGCUGGUCCCUGGAGGAGUUAGCUCUGGAGGUGACCAUUACGGACGCUGGACUGAAGACCGAUCAGAAGGACUGCUGCUUUGGGGUGACCGGAUUGAAGCUGCAGGGUGCCCAGUGCAAGAACAACGAGCUGCUGCUGGCCUCCACGAUUAUGAUGGAUCUACCUGUGACCAUCCUGAAGUGGGUCAAGAUCUCCUCGGAGCCGCGCAUCAGCAAACUGACUUUGCCUGUCUACUUGAACUCCACGCGCACCGAGCUGCUGUUCACCGUCGACCUGGCCGUGGCCGCUGGCCAAGACUCGCACAGCUUCUACGAGCGAGGCGUGGCCGUCCUGACAUCGACAGCCUUGAACUAAGUGCUCAGCACAAAUUAUCUUAAAUCCCUUAUAUAUUCGUAAAUUACUCAAAGCUAUCCCGGAUCCCCAUUUCCUUAUGAAAAGUUAUUUAAAAACAAUUUUAUGUGCUUAAAAGAAAUCAGUAAUGUUUUCGGAAAUCGAUUAUCGAUAUUUUGAAGUCGAUUUUGAUACAUUUUUUAAGUUCUAAAGUAUUUUUUGAAGUAAAAGUCCAUUCUUAUAAUUUGAAUACUGUAAAAUUUUAAUUUUUUAAAAGAAUUUGCCUUUUCCUUUACCU